AAAUUAAAACGGCGACUAGUUUGUCCACUGCAGUGGUCACUCAACAGGACUCCCCAAAAAGUCAUGCCAUGAAGACAAUGGAGCUUGUUUUUCUGCUCAUCUUCUUUCCGGUCACACUUUCAGUGAAACACUCGCUGAAGUUUUUCACCACUGCAUCCUCUGGAGUCAAAAAUGUCCCAGAUUUUGUGGCUGUUGGAUUGGUUGAUGAAGUUCCAACAGGAUACUGUGACAGCAUCAGAAAGACACCAGAAGCCAAACAGAACUGGACACAAAAAAUGUUUGAAGAUGAUCCACAACACUUGGAGUGGUACACUCAGAAGUGUUUGUUAACCCAAUAUGACUACAAGGCUCACAUUGACAUUUUAAAGCAGCAACUGAACCAAAGUGACGGUGUCCACAUCUUCCAGAGGAUGGACAGCUGUGAGUGGGAUGAUGAGACUGGAGAGGUUAAUGGUUUUGUUCAGUUUGGUUAUGAUGGAGAAGACUUCUUAGCAUUUGACCUGAAGACACUGACAUGGAUUGCUCCAAAACCACAAGCUGUCAUCACCAAACACAAGCGGGACAGAGAUAGAGCUCACAAUGAAAGGUGGAACUACUUCCUCACCCAGUAUUGCCCUGAGUUAGUGAAGAGAUAUUUGGAACUUGGGAAGAGCUCUCUGCUGAGAACAGAGCUUCCCUCAGUGUCUCUACUCCAGAAGACUCCCUCCUCUCCAGUCAGCUGCCACGCUACAGGUUUCUACCCUCACAGAGCCGAGAUGUUCUGGAGGAAAGAUGGAGAGGAACUUCAUGAGGACGUGGAACAUGGAGAGAUCCUCCCCAACCAUGAUGGAUCCUUCCAGAUGAGUGUUGACCUGAACCUUUCAUCAGUCACACCUGAAGAUUGGAGGAGGUACGACUGUGUGUUUCACCUCUCUGGUGUCAAGGACAACAUUGUCACCAAACUGGACAAAGCUGUGAUCAGAACCAACUGGGUUUCUCCCUCAGAGUUCCCUGCUGGUCCUGUUAUUGGAGGUGUUGUAGGACUGCUGCUGCUCCUGGCAGUCUGCAUCACUGGAGUCUUCAUCUGGAGAAGGAGAGAUAAUGGAUUCAGGCCUGCAAACUCUUCAGACUCGUCAUCGUCUGAUCCAUCUUCAGUCAAAGAUGCAGCUCUUAACUGAUCACAGAGUAACAACAUCUGGAGAGAACUGAUGCUGCUGUCCAGCUGUUUCCUCAAACCUUUGGUGGAGAUGAAUCACUGCAGCAGCUACCAGACACCAAAGAGCCACAACGUUACUUCAGUGGGGCAUCUUUUGUCUUCAGAUAUCAAAUUCAUGUCAGUUAGUCAUGUGAUGUACUGUCUUUGAUGAUGAUUAGCAUUAAGUCAACUUAUAGGAGACAUGAUGAUACUCAGCACUUUAACCUCUGCUCUUAACAUGAGUCAAACUUAAAACUUUAAAUGUUCAACUACUCAUGCUUUUACUAACAAUUAGUUUGACAGUUGCAUUUGAGAAACACUAAUGGAGAUUCUGCACUAGACCAUGAUUGAAAAAAACAUUUUUAAUGUUUUUGUUUCUCUGUUUGUUUCAUUGUUAUUGCUCACAUAGUUUGAACACUGCAUACCAACUUCUCCCACUUUAACCAAAGUGUAAAUAUCUGUGAGUUAUGUUUUAAUCUUCCAACACACAUUGCUCCUCCACUCCAAGUAACAGCUGUAACUCUUUUUAAACAUAAAUUUGUAAAUGUUUCCACAAUUUUACACAACAUAAAUACAUUUCUGAAUAUUUAGAUACUAGAUAUUUAGAUGAUAUUUAGAUACUACCUUUCAUUUGAACUCACAUAUUUAAGCAAUAACACUUCUUAGAGCUUAUAUUUGUAUCUUAUAAAUUUGCCGUAUUCAAAUGUCCUGUAUUAGACAUACGGAUGAUAAAUGUUAAUUUGAUUGUGAGGUAUUUGUUAAUUCUCGGCUUAUUGGUGUUAGAAGAUUAAUGAGGGUUUUACCUGCAGUACUGAUGGAUGUGUUUCAUUUCAUAUCGCAAAAAUGGAAGAAUUGAUUUGUCUACAUGGCAGUAUACAUCUUCUCUAAGGUUAUAUGAUCUGUUUUUGGCUAAAUGUGUUCACUUCAGUUAAAGUUUGUCUCCACAUCAUCUACAGGUUGAUAAUUAAUUAUGAAUUGUUGAUAGAUCAUCUUUUCACUGGUGAUUUGUAAAACAUGAUUUUUUGGAGGUCACAGCUCUCAUAUGUGUCACAUACAGUAGGUGCAGAAAGGAUAUCCUGUCUGUACAUAAGGUCAAAUAUUUUUUUAUUUAUCUUUGUUCAUUUGGUGAACUUCAUUUUGUCCAGAGGGGCUACUACAUUUUUUACUGUCAUUUUUGUUCUCAUUUGUUCUAAUAGUAUUUCUAUUUACCUUCAAUUAAUA